AUGUCUGAAGCUUGUUGCACUUGCGCGGCGCUGUUGUCGUCGAUACCACCAACAUACGAUGAGAAGACGGAAAAGCCAACACAGUUCGAGCGCCGUUUGGAAUGCUGCGGUCGCGCUAUAUGCGCUCGAUGCCUGACCGACAAUCCUCGAUUUGUGGACUACUGUCCAUUCUGCCAGAUAGCAACCGGACCAUCACCGCUACCGCCACAAGGUCUCAGCGAGCCUCCUACAUACUCGCCACCAGACGAGCAAGCAGAUGAUGAACUUCCAGCAUACUCGGCCCACAACUCACUACAGCCGCCACCAGAGAAACCGACGAGCAGCUCAGAAAAUGCGCCCGAUGUGCUACACUUCGUCGACCCGAACAACGACACCAUAAGCUCGCUGUCACUGAGAUAUGGCGUGCCCGCCGAUGCACUGCGCCGAACGAACAAGAUGUACGCAGACCAUCUAUUGGCAGCGCGGAGGACGAUCUUGAUACCCGGGGAGUUCUACAAAGGCGGAGUUAGUCUUAGUCCGCGGCCGCUCGAGGGCGAAGAGGAGGAGAUGAAGAAGACCAAGCUGCGCAAGUUUAUGGUUACUUGCAAGGUCUCGGAAUACGAUGUUGCUCUCCUGUACCUCGAACAAGCAAACUACAACCUUGAGCAAGCGACUUCGGCAUACAAAGCGGACGAGAAAUGGGAGCAAGACCAUCCUCUACAGGCUGCGAAACAAGGAAAGGCGAAGGCAUCACCAAGUACAGGACGGCGGAAGUGGGGCUUUGGAGGGGGACUCGCGGGCCAGCUAUCAUACAAUGCUCGCGUGACAAAGACCCAGACAAUUCAAAGCCGGAGUAAAACCACUGGAGCUUCUUCGGUCAUCGAGCUCGGAGCGACGCGCGAGAACGGCAGAAUCUUUAUCGACAAGCUUUCUAACAAGCGAUACUACGAGAUUCAUCCUUCAAAGUAUCCCUCUAACCUCGCCCCACUCCCAGAUUGGAGGAAGCCCAAGAAGACCGAACACCUCUUCAGGAAAGCAAGUGAGAAGGUCGUCUUGAAGUCACUCACGGGAACCAACAUUUCGCCAAUCGACACCCAGGUCUCAUCGAGAAAAGGAUGUAGCUUUGUCACCAGCUACUCCUUCAAAGACACCAAGGAGGGUGAGACCACGGCAAUAUAUGCUCCAGGCAAUCCUCCGUUAUACAAGAAGCCGCACAAGGACGAAUUUCCCAUCGAGAUCCCAACCGACAAGGGUCAAUACUACAUCGAUGAGCACGCCGGUCGCUGUCCCGGGUAUCAGUAUCUACCAAUGCUCCUGUCUAUACUCGUCACGAACCCUAACUUCCGCUUCGACAAGCAGAAGAUCAACGUGGUUGUGAACCGAUCAAGCCUGGAACAAUUGAUCAAGUUUAUUAAGGGCGCCCCAGACCAGCCCUACCACCUCGAGCUCACAAUUGAGGGUGACACUCUCUUCAUCGGCAAAAAGGGAAGCUUCAAGGGCUCGUCUGCCAAGGGCUCGUGUGGUCGGAACUUCGAGAAGUGGCUCACGACAGAAGACCCAGACCUCGAGAACGCAACUGGACACCACUGCUUCAUCAAGUACCAGUUCGGCGACUUGGUCAUGAUCGUCCGGUUUGAAGUCGACGCCUACAUCGCUGAGGAGGACGUUCCAGAGGACGCUGACCUCCCUCCAUGUCACUACCCCGACGUCCCAGAACCUGCUCUUCCCGCAGUUGAGCUCGAGCAUUCACUUUGCACUGUCAUUCCCAAGGGCACGCUCGUCAAGCAAGAACAGCUCAAGGAGCUCAAGAGCGGCGUCCAGAAGCGACCACUCCAGGAGCUGUGGUUUGGCCGCACACCGAACAUUUUGGUCGGCGGCAAGGGCCAGUACAACGAAGAGGACGGAGGUUAUGCCACUUAUGUCUGGCAACGGUUCAAAGACGAGUACGUUACUCAGAAGGGCGACAAGGACUUCGAGGACUGGGAGCAGGAUCAGCAAGGGAAGAAUGCUCAGGCGCCCAACGAGUACUUGGAGAGGCUGGCAAAGCUUCUACAUAAGCUCAUCGAGACGACCAACGAGGCGAAGGAUCGCUCGGCGGUGCUGGUCUGUAUGGGUGUUGUCAAGACGCUCGACGUAUAUGAGGCGAAGGAGCGGAUCGAGGUGGCGCCCAAGGACAUCAUUGCCAAGUUCUGGAGCAAGGAUAGUGAAAGAUGA